GAGAGAGGAAACCGAUUUAACUGAAAGCCGUUGGUAUUUAAACUCAACCGUUGACGACCGUUAUAUUUUAAACUCCGCAGUUUCUCAGCAGCAGGGAAACAGCGUACGUCGCCGCCUCCUCCUCCUUCAUCCUCCUCUUUCUUUAUCUUUUCCUCCUCUUCCUCCUCCUCCUCCUCCUACUCUUCAUCAUCCUCCACGGGUCCGCGGUCCUCUCCAUGCCGGCGGAGGUCUCCGCGGGGCUGCCAUGGCGAAGAUCCGGGUGUCGUACGAGUACUCCGAAGCCGAGGACAAGAGCAUCAGGCUGGGGUUGUUCCUGAUUGCCUGCGGCAUCCUCAGCCUCUUCAUCCUGGGUUUCUGCUGGCUCAGCCCGACCCUCCAGAGCCUGCAGAGCAAGCCGGCCAACUGCACGGUGGUGUCUGUGCUGCGUCCGGAGGAGAUGUUCGAGUGUGUGUUUACGUGCGGUACCGACUGUAAGGGGACGUCUCUUUAUCCAUGCCUGCAGAUCUUCGUCAACAACUCGGAGUCCAACUCGGUGGCUCUGCUGCACUUCGACGAGCAACAGCUGGUCCUCAACCCAAAGUGUUCGUACGUCCCUCCCUGUGAGCGGGACAACCAGAAGAACAAAGACAGUGUCCUGUGGUGGGAGGAUUACUUCACCAAAGAGGUCAGCAGCCAGUCCUUCACGUGCUUCUUCAACCAGCAGAGGAGGCCGGACGAUGUGCUGUGGCGCCGUUCCCACGACACCAGCGUCCUGCUGCACUGCGUCCUCUGGCCAAUGGUGUCGCUGCUCCUGGGCACGCUCAUCGUGCUCCUGACGGUGUGCGCUCGCUCCCUGGCCGUACGCGCCGAGGCUCUCCAGAAGAGGAAAUGCUCCUACGAAGUGUGCCAAGACCUGUCCUCCUCCUCCGCCGCCUCCAGGCCCUCGUCUCGCCGCGGCAACAACAAGCUCGACGACCCUCUCACGACGAACUCCGACCUGGAGAUGUCCUCGCCGACACGGACCCUGCCGCUGUUCGCGGUGCCGGUGCGACGACGCGACCGGGAACAUUAG